AUGAGGACCUAUUUCAUUGCCAGGUUUCAUAUAAUCACUUAUACAUAUGCCUAUCUAUCCUUUUCAAGUCGAUACUAUUCCAACUCAACCAUUAGUUCACUACUUUCAACCAACUACAUAACUGCUAUCUCCGAGUCUAUUUGGAAUUUAUCGUAUGCUCCAUAUGAUGUGGCUUGUCCGGAAUACGAUUUAGUUCGAAAAGCCAAUGACACUAUAUGUGAUCGAGAGCAAGAGUAUAUACGAUAUCGCAAUAUUAAAACUGAGGCACAAUUGAAGUCAUUAUUGUACAAGAAUGAAAUACCCAAUUUUGAUAUUGAAUCGUUUUGGAAAUCCAAAUCACGUCCAACUAUAAUUGCCAUUGCAUUAUCAGGGGGUGGAUAUCGGUCUAUGCUAUCGGGUGCGGGAAUUUUAGCUGCGUUGGAUGAUCGAGAAGUAACCAACUUGACACAUGUAAGUGGGAUUUUACAAGCAUCGUCGUACAUUUCCGGGAUAAGUGGUGGUGCGUGGUUAGUUAUGUCACAAUUUGUUAAUGAUUGGCCGCGAAUUAGUGACAUGGUACAUGGUGGAGGCAGUAGUGCAAAUGGAUGGAACUUGAAGCAAAGUUUACUUGAAGGUAUGCCUGAGGUGAAUGAUCAAGUACGACGCAAGGAUAAGCAAAAUGAUACUGGAGAAUCCAAGGUAAAAUCGGGGUUGAUAAAACUAUUUAGUAAACCGAAAAAGGCUAAAUCGUCCAAUUGGGCAACAGCUUUAUUCGAACGAGAUAAGAGCAAUGCAACAGUAUCCACUACUGCUCUAAAUGAAAAGAGUGUAUUGGAGUAUUUAAAAUUUUACAAGCAAUUGUUGGUUGAAGUUCGAGAUAAAACAAAAGCCGGGUUUCCAGUGGGGUUAACUGAUUAUUGGGGACGAGCAUUAGCUCAUAAGCUAUUUACAACAACAGCUAGAACCCCAGGGGUGACAAUGACUGCAGUAACAAAGAAUUCCAACCUGUUUAAAAGCUUUGAACAACCGUUUCCAAUAAUUGGCGCUAUUGCUAAAGACCCAUCAGAUAAUGAUACGAAGAGUAGUGAUCCAUUACAGAAAUUAUCUAGCUUAACCAGCUCAAGUUUCGAGAUAACACCCUUUGAAUUUGGAUCAUGGGAUCUUUCAAUUAAUGCAAUGAUCAAUAUCGAGUAUCUUGGACUGAAGUUGGAAAAUGGGAAACCUAAAUCAGUAGAUGCUAAUGGUAAAAUGAUGUGUAAAUCAGGAUUUGAUAAUGUCGGAUUCUUGACGGGAACUUCAUCAUCACUAUUUAAUCAUGUUUUCAAAUUCAUGUUUAAUUAUUUUGCUGAGAAUCAACUGGAUAUAAUUUCAUCGAUUGAAAACAUAUUGAAGUUUUUUGGUUUGAGUAAUGGUAACGAUGGUAUGUUUGGUAGAACCCCACAAGCGCAUCCUGAUCAUGCGGUAUAUUCACCCAACCCAUUUUGGAAAUUUAGCAGCGGAGGACAACAGGGACAAUUAUCAUUGAAUAAAGAUUUGUAUCUUGUUGAUGGUGGCGAUGAUGGCCAAAACCUACCGUUCCAGCCAUUAAUCAGAAAGGGUCGAAAUGUUGAUUUUAUAAUGGCUUAUGACAUGAGUGGAGAAGAUAUGAAUUAUCCCAAUGGUUCAGUACUACAACAAACCAGUAGACGGUUUGCCAAUGAUGGUAAUGAUUCUACAUUGAAUAGACAAGCUGUACCAUAUUUCAAAGUUCCUCAUGGUGUGGUAUCGGACAUAAAACCAAUGGUUAAAUCAAUCUUUCCUAAAGUACCAACUACAGAGCAACUAAUCAACCAGGGGUUGAAUCUACGACCCAUUUUUCUUGGAUGCGAUGUAAUUGAGGAUUUUGAGACGUUAAAUGUGAGUAGCAACGCUACUACAGUUGUGUAUGAUGAUGAUGAUGAUGAUGACUAUUUGCCACCAAUUAUAAUGUACCAAGCAAAUUCAAAUUAUUCCCAUCAACUGAAUUUCUCUACAUUCAAAUUAAGCUACAAUGAGACUGAAGUUGAAACAAUUAUUGAUAAUGGAUUCCAAAUGGCUUCAUUUUAUAAUUCGUCGUUAUAUGCUGUUUGUUUAAAUUGCAUAAUUUUGAAACGGGAGUUUGAUAGGAAGCAAUUUGGACUGGCAUUUAAAAUGAGUACAGAGAGGGUUGUGGAUGUACCUAGAUUUUGCCAAACAACAACAAAAGAACAACAGAAGAAGAAUUUUGUUGAAAUCCCACCCUAA